CAGCAGGCUGGUGGCAGCGGCCGUAGCAGCAGCGCGAGUACUGCAGGGACGGCAAGGCGGCUACGCUAAUCGGGACGCCGGGGAAGCCCGCGCCCCGCCUGCGCCUCCGCGGCGCUCCCGGGAAGCCGGAGCUAGAGCGACUCCGAAGUGCGCCGAGACCAGAGGUUGCUGCAGAGCCCCGGCGCGGGAGAGCCGCAGAUCGAGCCAGGCUAGUGCGCAGGGCGCAGACAUCCUACACCGCGGCGUCUGUCCGCGGCGGCUGCGCGGGAGACAAAGCCUCCGGAGAAAGAUGCCCGCGGAGCACGCACCGGGCGGCCCAGGGAGCGGGCCCCUCCGAGCCUAAGCGCGCCUGACCGUGAGCCCCGGGGACGCCGAGACCCCACCGGGUCCAGCAACGGGCGGGGCCCAGGUGCGCCGGGCCGCAGCGGGCCUGUGACUGCUCGGGGGGCGGCGCCCUCCCGCCGCAGCCGCAGUGGCCGGCGCCGCAGCGAGGAGCCAUGGGCAACAUCUCCUCCAACAUCUCGGCCUUCCAGUCUCUGCACAUCGUUAUGCUGGGCUUGGACUCGGCCGGCAAGACCACGGUGCUCUACCGGCUCAAGUUCAACGAGUUCGUGAACACGGUGCCCACCAUCGGCUUCAACACCGAAAAGAUCAAACUGAGCAACGGCACUGCCAAGGGCAUCAGCUGCCACUUCUGGGACGUGGGCGGCCAGGAGAAGCUACGACCGCUGUGGAAGUCCUACAGCCGCUGCACGGACGGCAUCAUCUACGUGGUAGAUUCGGUGGACGUAGACCGGCUGGAGGAGGCCAAGACGGAGCUGCACAAGGUGACCAAGUUUGCUGAGAACCAGGGCACACCGCUGCUGGUCAUCGCCAACAAGCAGGACCUGCCCAAGUCUCUGCCGGUGGCCGAGAUUGAGAAGCAACUGGCGCUGCACGAGCUCAUCCCGGCCACCACCUACCAUGUCCAGCCGGCGUGCGCCAUCAUCGGCGAGGGCCUCACCGAGGGCAUGGACAAGCUCUAUGAGAUGAUCCUGAAACGCAGGAAGUCUCUCAAGCAGAAGAAGAAGCGGUAAUGCGCUUGAGCAGCGAUCUGGAGCCAGGCUGAGCGAGCAAGCCAGUGAAUGAAUGGACGUCUGGGUUGAGCGAGAACCCGCGAACAAAGACAACGAACCAAAGCGAUGAUUCGAAUUUUAAAAAUACGAUCUCUGUAUCCUGGACUUGGAGACUUAGCCCGGGUGUGGAGGCUGCAUAACCACCCAUCUUGUCACCUGCCCCACCCCCCCACCCCCAGCUCAGAGGACCUUUUGUCUAUAAUGCUUGAGCUACCGGUGGGAUGGGGUGGGGGGGACCGGUGGGGAGUGGACGUGAGGACGCGAGGGUUCCGUGGUGUGCCCUCCGGCCCCAGGUGGGAAGCUUGGAUGUCAGAGACAAAAGCGAUUUCUUCUUGCUCCAGCAGGGCCAGAAGUUCAGGCUGCCCAGCCCCCCACUGCGGGGGAGAAUCACGUGUGAGUUACCUGAGGUAUGCAGUUCACACAGAACCCUGAGGAUACCCGAGAGAGAACGGAUAGGCACUGGGGUGUACUGAUGGGGGGUUGGGGAUGACCGCUCCUUUCAUUCUGGAGCUGUGGAAACUGAGAAAUUUUAUGUCACAGGGCAGGUCCCUGUUGCAAUUUCACUUGUCCUGCUCUGGGCCCAAAGGAGGUGGUGGUUUGGGGCCCUCCAGAGGACUGCCUCGGACCAUGCGGCAGCUGGAAGGCCCUGGAUGCUGCGCUUCUGAACUUGGCUGGGAAUGGCCUGGAAGACGCCACUUUCCAGGGGUGGGUGUGUAUGGUUUUGUUGAGAACUGAGCCUGGGAUGAGACCUCUUCCAGAUGGCCUAGGCCCUGUCCAUGUGCAGGUCAUUCUCCCAUAAAGAGACCAAUAAAACAAAGAAGAACAGAAAAACCA